GCCACCCAGAGACAGGAACUUCCAGACACUAAGGAGGCAUCGUCCACUUUGUUCUGUCUGUCCGUGUGUCUGUCUUGCAUGCUGCUUUCUGAUUCAAGAGCCUGAAGAGUCAGGAGUUUUAGCGAUGUUCAUCUUCAUUUUUCUGUCCUUGUGGACUCUUCUGGUGAUGGGCAGGGAGGAAGGUGGUGCUGGGAGUGAGAAGGGAAUUGGGAAGCAAUGUGAUUCCAGCCUGCCUCCCCACUGCCCCUCCAGAUCCCCCAGCGCCCAGCCCUGGACACAGCCUGACCAGAGCCAGCUGUUUGCAGACCUGAGCCAAGAAGAGCUGACAGCUGUGAUGAGCUUCCUGACCCAGAAGCUGGGGCCAGACCUGGUGGAUGCAGCCCAAGCCCAACCCUCAGACAACUGUAUCUUCUCAGUAGAACUGCAGUUGCCCCCCAAGGCGGCAGCCCUGGCCCACCUGGACAGGGGGAGCCCCCCACCUGCCCGGGAGGCACUGGCCAUCGUCUUCUUUGGCGGACAACCCCAGCCCAAUGUGACUGAGCUGGUGGUGGGGCCGCUGCCCCAGCCCUCCUACAUGCGGGAUGUGACCGUGGAGCGUCAUGGGGGUCCCCUCCCGUAUUACCGACGCCCUGUGCUUCUCCGAGAGUACCUGGACAUAGACCAGAUGAUCCUUGACAGAGAGCUGCCCCAGGCUGCUGGUGUCCUUCACCACUGCUGCUCCUACAAACCAGGAGGACAUAAACUGUUGACCAUGAACUCAGCUCCCCGUGGAUUACAAUCAGGUGAUAGGUCCACCUGGUUUGGCAUCUACUAUAAUAUCACAAAGAGUGGGCCUUACCUGCACCCCGUGGGAUUGGAGCUGCUGGUAGAUCACAAGGCUCUGGACCCUGCCCAGUGGACCAUCCAGAAGGUGUUCUUUCAAGGCCACUACUAUGAGAGUCUGGCCCAGCUGGAGGAGCAGUUUGAGGCUGGCCAGGUGAAUGUGGUGGUGAUCCCAGACAAUGGCACAGGUGGGUUCUGGUCCCUGAAGUCCCAGGUGCCCCCGGGUCCAACUCCACCUCUGCAGUUCCAUCCUCAGGGCCUCCGCUUCAGUGUCCAGGGCAGUCGAGUGGCCUCCUCAUUGUGGACUUUCUCCUUUGGCCUCGGAGCUUUCAGUGGUCCUAGGAUCUUUGACGUUCGAUUCCAGGGAGAACGGCUGGCUUAUGAGAUCAGCCUACAAGAGGCUGGCGCUGUCUAUGGUGGGAAUACCCCAGCAGCAAUGCUUACUCGCUAUACGGAUAGUGGCUUUGGCAUGGGUUACUUUGGCACACCCCUGAUUCGUGGGGUAGACUGCCCCUAUCUGGCCACCUACAUGGACUGGCACUUCGUUGUGGAGUCCCAAGCCCCCAAGACACUACAUGAUGCCUUUUGUGUGUUUGAGCAGAACAAGGGCCUGCCCCUGAGGCGACACCACUCAGAUUUUCUUUCCCACUAUUUUGGGGGCGUUGUGGAGACAGUGCUGGUCUUCAGGUCUGUGUCCACGAUGCUCAACUAUGACUAUGUGUGGGAUAUGGUCUUCCAUCCCAAUGGAGCCAUAGAAGUCAAAUUACAUGCCACGGGCUACAUCAGCUCAGCAUUCCUCUUUGGUGCUGCCCGAAGAUACGGAAACCAGGUUGGGGAACACACGCUGGGCACUGUCCACACCCACAGUGCCCACUACAAGGUGGAUCUGGAUGUCGGAGGACUGGAAAACUGGGUCUGGGCUGAGGACAUGGCUUUUGUCCCCAUGGCGGUACCCUGGAGCCCUGAGCACCAGAUACAGAGCCUGCAGGUGACCCGGAAGCAGCUGGAGACGGAGGAGCAGGCCGCCUUCCCCCUGGGAGAGUCUUCCCCUCGCUAUCUGUACCUGGCCAGCAAGCAGAACAACAAGUGGGGGCACCCUCGGGGCUACCGCAUCCAGACGGUCAGCUUUGCUGGGGGGCCACUGCCCCAGAACAGCUCCAUGGGGAGAGCCUUCAGCUGGGGAAGGUACCAGCUGGCCGUGACCCAGAGGAAGGAGACAGAGCCCAGCAGCUCCAGCGUCUUCAAUCAGAAUGACCCCUGGACUCCCACUGUGGACUUUGCUGACUUCAUCAACAAUGAGACCAUUGCUGGAAAGGACUUGGUGGCCUGGGUGACAGUCGGUUUCCUGCACAUCCCACAUGCAGAGGACAUUCCCAACACCGUGACAGUGGGGAAUGGUGUGGGCUUCUUCCUGCGACCCUACAACUUCUUUGACCAGGAGCCCUCCAUGGAUUCUGCUGACUCCAUCUACUUCCGGGAAGACCAGGAUGCUGGGUCCUGUGAGGUCAACUCCCUGGCUUGCCUGCCCCAGGUUGCUGCCUGUGCCCCUGACCUCCCUGCCUUCUCCCAUGGGGGCUUCCCUGAGUACUAGGUGGCCCUUGGGGUGAGGAAUGUGUCUAGGACCCAAAGACAAGGGAGUGUGGAGAGGGGAGGGGCUGGGCACUGAGUUUCUCCCAGCUCCCACCCCAGGUUCCUCCCUCUCCCACCUUCUGCUCUUGCCCCCUCAUCCCUCCUGGGAGUAUCCAUAGCCUGUGCUGCCUGACCCAUGGGCUUCUCAACUCUGUGGACUCCAGACCUGCUGCAUCCCUAUCGCAGAGAGAAGAUAAAUGGCCAACAGGAAGUCUAGAGUGAUGAUUAAACCUUUCUAGAAGACUUAA